CCAGAGCAUUGGGGGAGAGAGGGAAUCUUCGUACGUUUGUGCGGUCACCAUAUAGCCCCGCAAGGUUUCGGUGAUCCGAGGGGUGCGUGGGAGUAAACUUCUCGUGAUUUGCGUGGGCAAGAUCAGGGAAAGGGGUUCGAUCGAGCGGUAAUCAUGUUGGCAGUGUUUCACAAAUCCGUGGCGGAAGCUCCACAGGAGCUUAAUCCGAAGGACAGCUCCAAUGGCAGCAGCGCGGUGGAGGUCGCGGAGGGAUUCGUCAGGGCGUUCCCUCAGGCCGUCCAGAUCCAAGCAGACAAGAAUUGCAAGAUGAUCUACUCUCACUCGCAGCAAGCUCUCCUGAGGCCCAGGAGCUUCGCGGCUGUGGAUAACAUCUUCUGCCUCUUCGAGGGCAUGCUGGAGAAUCUCCCCACGCUGCGCCAAUCGUAUGGCCUCCCCAAAUCGAUCAGCGAGGUGCUGUUCGUGAUCGAAGCCUACAGGGCUCUGCGCGACAGAGAACCAUAUCCGGCGCACCAAGUCGUGCGAGAUUUGCGUGGCCAGUUCGCCUUUGUCUUGUAUGAUCGUGAGGCCCGAGGAGUCUUCACUGCCAGCGAUUCCCAUGGCAAGGUCCCGUUCUUCUGGGGCACUGCCGCCGAUGGAUCGCUCUGCUUCUCGGACAAUGCGACGCUUCUCAAGGAAGGCUGCGGUCAAUCGUUCGCUCCCUUCCCGCAAGGAUGUUUCUUCGCGAGCGUGGUGGGCCUGAACAGCUACGAGCACCCCCUCAACGAGAUGAAGCCGAUGCCCCGCGUGGACAGCCAGGGCCAGAUUUGCGGUGCCACCUUCAAGGUGGAUCAAUUGGCCAAGAAGUACUCGCCGCGGGGAUCGAGCAGCUUUGGAAAAGGGACGAGCUGGGCAGCCUCGACCAUCAAUGUCUAGUGUUGUUUUAGCUCUUUUCUUGUACAAAUCUCCUCCUCUCGUGACCGAGCCUGUUUCUGUGCCUCAUAACAAACUCUCGUUUGGAUCGAUCGAAAGCUAUGGCGAGCGAGCGUUUUGGAGCCAUACUCUAGAGAGAGGUGUCUUGGUUUGUCGCCGUGCGCAAUCACAGUGCCGUGAUCUCAUCCAUAGCUCGGCAAUUGAGAAAGUGGACUAGGAUUUUUCUUUCAAUUGUAUUCAAACUUGUAUUUCGGGA